GUGGAUAGCACUGUCUAUGAAGCUGCUGCUCAAGGUCUAUGGGGAGGAGAUUUUGAGUUCCCUGGAGGCACACAUCUGAUCAGUAGUGUGUGUUACAUAUCUGUGUCUCCUACUGUUCCUCAACUGGAUAAAGCAGUGACUGUAGAGCUAGUACAUUGUGCUCAUUUGAGCUCUGAAUCUCAGAGUGAGUAUCUGAGCUUUGUAGUAGCUGAGGUUCAACCUGGUAAACAGACCGGCCCUUUUAAGUUUGAGUUGUUACCAGGAGGAUCAUUCUCAGCUGAGUGUCAGACUGGUACUAUAGAAUUGAAGAGUUUCUCACUGGUUGCUAUUGUGAUGGGUACUGUAGCAGUUGGUGGUGUCAGUGUUGCUGCUGGUCUUGCUGCUCGUCUUGCUGCUGGAGCUGCUACUGCAGUGGCUGUUGGUGGUGUUGUUGGAGUAGCAGCAACUAUAGGAAGUUUAGCAUUGAGUGCUGCUUUUAAGAAAGUUCCUUCAUUUCAUUGCCGUGGUCUAUUUUAUAAGAAUUGUUUGCCUGAUAAAGUAGUAAUGAGUCUGGCUGUACUCCAAGAUUUACCUUCAUCUAAAGAACUUUUCCAUGGAGAUUCUACCAUCCAGUCCCUCCUGGGUCAAUUGCAAACGACCUUUCGUUUUACAUUUUCCAAGGACAAAGAACGUCAUUUAAAAGUGACCAAUUUUCCUUCUAAGAAUAUAAAAGGAUGGAGAUUCACUCAAUGCAAUCCUCCUGUGAUCAGUGAGAGUCAUGUUGUUGAUUAUAGUGCUAGUAAAGGUUCUGAGCCUCCAUACAUUCAAGUAUCAGUAAAACCUGAUCAGUCUGAACCUGUUGCUGAUGAGAUGUCCCAUGCUUUAUCUAUUGAUGGUAUACAAACAUCAUCUGAUGCAUCUACUGUUCAAUGGAAUAUUGAAGUAUCUAAGAAUGACUUAUUAUCAACCACUCCUUCAUCAAUUGUUGCUGCCACGUCAACUGAAAGAGCACGAGCAGAGUUAGUUAUUGCACCAGUUAUUCCUGAAGUUGCUUAUAGAGUGGUGUCAGAAUGUAUUUCAGCUUUCAAACACUGUGGGCUUGGUCUUCACUUUUUAGCAGAGAAGUUAUUAGAGAAGAAGAUAAUAAAUAAUAGACAAAAGAAGAAAGCCACUGAUGAAUGCAGUAGAUGUACAACUGAUGAGAGAAUGGAUCAGCUACUUGACAUUAUUAAAGACUCUGUACAACAAGAGGGAAAGGUUUUUGAGUAUAUUUUAGAAAUACUCAAAGAUGAAGAUACCAUACUAGCUAACAAACUGUAUGAUGAUAUGAUUAAUAAAUAUGAACAAUAUAAGUGAUAGCUUUUGUAUUUGUCAAGUAUUUAAUUAUAAUGUGCCUUUUUAUUUUUGAAAAUUAUUAAAUCAAAGCCACCCAUUUUUUGAUGUA